GCUGUAGGAGGAGGCUAGUGAACCGGCUGUCAAACAAGCAAAGAAGGAGAGAUACUUGGUUAAAUUUUGUAAAAUAUAGAUUUGGUAAUUACUAAGUUGUCCACCUUCUAAGCCAGUGGAUAGGUUAGAGAUACGAUAACACUGGAAUAUUCGCCUUUUUUAAACGUAAAAUGGAAGAUGCUGACAAUAAUACUGAAAACCAAAGCAUACAUGAAAAUGUCGAUGGACAAAAAAUUUUACUUCGACUGAAGAGCAUUGGAAAAUCAGUAUGCAUCGAAUACACUAUUGAGAAGGACAAAUCAUCAAUUUUACAAACUCCAGCUGUUCACAUAUUAGCAGCAAGCCUGACUCUUUUAUUUCUGAGUUUAUUAUGUUGCUUUAUGACUGGAGUUUUGAUCUGUACCUGUAUAUGUGGAUUUGUUUCUUACCAUUCAAUUUGGCACAUAAAAAAAGAGGUUUUGCUCAUCACAAUACCUUUGGGAUUGCAAUUUACCGCUUUCUUCAAAUCUGGGCAUCACAGAACAUGCUUUAUCCCAUGGAACUGUAUAAGAGACAUUUAUAUUGUGGAAGCCAUAUCCUUGCAUCGUGUUUUGUAUAAUAUAGUUGUUCUCACUGAAGUAGAAGGGCGGAGUUCCACAUCAGCUCAGACAACUUUGAAGCUCACACCUCUCUUCCAAGGAACCAAACCCCGACUGAGCUGUUUGGAAACCAUAUACCAAAGUAUUUACACUCUCAUGCCAAAAACUACAACACAAGUUGAAAACUAGUCGCUGCUUUUAAAUUAAUACAAAUUUAUAUUUCCUGUUGGCCAUCACUGACUGUAGGCCACCUGUCAAGUUUUGCAGGUACAUAUUUGUUUUAUGAACAACUCUGCAACCAUUAAAU